AUGCGGAAUUUCCGUGCAUUGAGCCGCGAUCUCUCCCCGUUCUCCACCGUCUCCUCCGUUCGCGGCUUGGCAUUCGCCGUCCUGCUCCUCUCUCCCUUCCUAUCCCCCCCAUCCUUCUGCCGUCCCUUCGACUUCGUAGAUCCGUCGGAUCGUGGGAUCUUUUCCAAUCCCCCUACCUUCCCAUCCAUCCUCUUCCCAAAUCCCCCACUGCCCCUUCCUUUGAACCCCACUGCCCCUUCCUCAACCAGGGAUGCGCCCUUGACGCCGUUACAGGGGCUUUUUGAAGGGGGAUCUGGAUCCCCCUUCCUCCCCUUCCCCCCCUCAGCUCCCCUCAACCAGGGAUACGCCCUUGACGCCUCAUCUCAUCUCCCUUCCGCCCCUUCUCCCCUCACCCAACCCCCCUCUCCCACCCUCCUCGCCUCCCCUUCUUCCCCCCCAGAACCAACCGUGCCCUUCACACCGCUACAGGGCUUUCUGAGGGGGGCGCGCGAGUGGCAGGUGCAGGAGAGGCGGGCGGGGCGGGAUGGUGCUAUCCGCGCGCGUGUGGUGGAUGAAAGGGCGCCCAUGGCCGCACUGGCCGCGGAUGGAGCUACUCCCGUGGUUAUCCGCGAAACCAACUACGGGUUCAGCACGUGCAAGGUGGGUGGCAAUGGGUGCAGAUGGGUGCGGUUGAGUGUGGGCGGGGCGGGAGGGGGUUAUCCAUGUGCGUGUGGUGGAUGCGCAUAUGGCCGCGGAUGGAGCUACUCCUCUGGUUAUCCGCGAAACAAUGGGUGCAGAUGGGCUGAGCUAGGGGUGAGCAAGACGGCCAUUUGGUUUCGCCCGGAGCUGCUGGCGCUGGCAGCAAACAUCUCACCUCCCCCCACCCCACCUUCUUCCCCACCCCCUACCUCCCCCCUCCAGCGCCAGGACACCCCGGCAGGGGUGAGCGAGACGGCCAUUCGGUUUCGCCCGGAGCUGCUGGCGCUGGCAGCAAACAUCUCUGCCUCCAUGAAUGGAGGCGACUUUGAUGCCGUGCAUGUGAGGCGCGGCGACAAGCUGCGCCCAGAGUUCUGGCCGCACCUCGACCACGACACACGUCCCGAAGCUUUACUGGAGAAGCUUCCCAGGUUCGUUGCACCGGGACGCACUCUGUACAUUGCGACGAAUGAGAAAACGCCAGGGUUCUUUGACCCGUUGAAGGCGAUCUACACCAUCCGGAUGUUCCAAGAUUUCCAUUAUCUCUGGGCUCCUGGCACACCCUGGUAUGAUGGGUAUACACGUCUACUUGGACCGGACCCAAAAAUGGAUGCAUACAUGGAGGCGCGGCUGUCCAAUGAGAAGACGGCACUUGUCGCCAUGGUGAAGAAGCUUAAUCGUGACGUGGCAAAGCUGGAGACGUUCAAGCGCACGUUGAUGCAGCAGCUGCAGGACGAGAACGACGACGAAUCACCCUCCAUGGUGAGCAAUCGCAUCAGAUGCUCAUUUCUUUGCCUGACACCUGAUGUUUUUUAUCUGCCUCAUCUUCUUCACCCUUACGUGUCCCUUCUCCUCCCUCUCAUCACCCUUACCCGUCCCUUUCUCCUCCUCCUCCUCACCCCUACCUUUCCUUCUCCUCCCUCCUUCAACCUUACCCAUCGCUUUCUCCUCCCCUACUCACAGGCCGCAGCCACUGCCGCUGCCCCCAAACCACCAGCGUCAGAGCCCACCACGGCCUCGGCUGGUAGCGGGGCAUCGGCUGCAAAGCAGGCUGGCGACAGCGCUUCUGGUGAGUGUGGGCCGCCCAGCAUUGCAAUCCCAACGGGCAGCAACAUGGGCAGCAGCAAGCAGCGCACGCCCCUCAUGACGCCCUCCCUGGUCUCCCCUCAAUACACGCCCUCCGCCACUCCCCCCCACUCCGCCUCGGGUGCUCCCCGUGAAGCGCACGCCCCUCAUGACGCUCGCCCUCCGCCACUCCCCCCCACUCCGCCUCGGGUGCUCCCCGUGAAGGUGAGCGCUGCAUGGGAUGUGUAG